AUGGAAAACACAUCCGUCAAUAAGCCUAAGUUGUCCUUCGGGAUCGACACCAUCCUGGGUCUGAACGAGCCCUCCACACCCCCCAGGCCCAACUCCUCCUGCAGCGUCUCCAGCGACAGCUCGGGCGUCAGUCAUGACUCCGAGCGCUCCCUCAGCCCCGACGUGCCCUUCUACCCCCGCCUGCAGCACGCCUGGGCCCCUCCCUCGGCCGCCCUCCCCGUGACCCACCACCACGCCCACCCCUACCUCUCCUUCGGCAGCGUGUCCCCGACGGAGGGCCACCGCGACUUGCCCAAGCUGCCCGGGCCCGUCCUGCGGCGCCACAAGGCCAACCGCAAGCCGCGCACGCCCUUCACGUCGGAGCAGCUGAUGACCCUCGAGAAGAAGUUCCGCGAGAAGCAGUACCUGAGCAUCGCCGAGCGCGCCGAGUUCUCCGCGUCGCUCAGCCUGACGGAGACGCAGGUCAAGAUCUGGUUCCAGAACCGCCGCGCCAAGGACAAGCGCCUCAAGGAAGCCGAGAUCGAGCGCCUCACCCGCCCAGUGUACCCUGCCUACGGCGGCCUCCUCCCCAUGGGCGGCCCCCUGCCCUCCCUGCACCUCCAGCAGCCGAUGGCUCCCUUCUUCAGACUUCCUGUCGAGCUCUCUCUCCGCGACCUCCUCAGCUGCCCAGAGUCGGAUGCCGCGAUGCCCAGUGUGCUAAGAAGCCGCUUCCGUUCCUCGUCGGAGUUUAACAAGAUGUUCCUACGACUGCUUCUACGGGACGGCUCCCUCCUCGUCGAAUUCCUUCAGUCUGACUGUCGAUUUGCUUUAAAUCUAAGACCAGAGGUAGACGCUAAAAGUGGAAAUAAACGAAAAGUUGAAUAA